GCUAAUGUACUGCCUGAGCCAUGAGUCGUCAAAGCCGUAAAUUUUGCUUGUGUUAAGGACAAAAUGACAACAUGAUUUCUUUGCUGAAUGUUGUAGGUGAUGUAAAUUCCUCUACGUUCGCCGAACAGAUAUAUCCAAAGAGACAACCAGUGAUUUUACGAGGUGUGAAUAUUGGUCAGUGUGUGGACAAAUGGCGGUCAGUAAAUUAUCUAACCACUCAGGGAGGUGAGAUGCCAGUGAAGAUCCACGUGUCUGCUACACCACAGAUGGAUUUCAUCAAUAAAAACUUUUCUUACAAUCAUCAAUUGUUUUUGAAGAAAUGCUGGACUGAGAGCUAUUACUUACGAGCCCUAGGAGAUGAUCCAAGGAAGGACAAAGCUGACAUACAUCAACAAUUCCCUCUCCUUGCAGACGAUAUCAAAUUCCCAAACUUUUUCCCUCAAGAGAAGUUCUUUUCCAGUGUGUUUCGGAUAGCAUCCAAAGGCACUCAGCUAUGGACCCAUUAUGAUGUGAUGGACAAUUUGCUGAUACAGAUUGUAGGUCGGAAGCGUGUGAUACUUUACAGUCCAGCAGAUGUUGACAAAAUGUAUCUAAAUGGGGAUAAGUCUGAAGUUUUAGAUAUAGAUAAUCCAGAUCCAGCCAAGUUUCCAAAGUUUCUGGAGGCACAUAGACAUGAAGGAAUUCUUGAACCCGGAGAUAUCCUCUUCAUACCCGCUCUGUGGUUUCACAAUGUUAUCUAUAAAGAGUAUGGUGUGGCUGUUAACGUAUUCUGGAAACAUUUGGGUGAUUCAUUUUAUGAUCAGCGUGAUAUCUACGGUAAUAAGGAUCAUGUUCCUUUCUCAAGAGCUCAACAGAUUUUGGACAGAGCAUUAAAGACUCUAGAAGAAUUACCAGAAGAUUAUAGAAGAUUCUAUGGACAUCGUCUCAUCUCAAGAAUUGAGAGGAAAGUACUGCUAAAAGACAAACCACCAUGAUGAAAAUAAAAAUUUUGUGAAGUAAAAUCCUGAUUUUCUGUCAUUAAAGUUCCUUAGCAUCUUU